AUGCUAGCCAUUAAUGCUCACUGGAUGUCCUCUGCCUUCCAGCAAUAUCGAGCUUGUAUUGAGUUCGUUGAAAUUGAAGGCAGCCACUCUGGAGAGAACCUUGCUAAUAUCGUUGCGACGGUUCUCGAGAGGUUUCAUAUAUCUGAUAAAGUUAUGACAAUAACAGCUGACAACGCAUCGAAUAACGAUUCCCUACACCGAUAUCUCUACCAAAAGCUGUCUCAGCGGUACGAUGAGUACCUGGCCGAGACUAUCAUUCGAGAAGGGACAAUGAAAUUUACUCAUAACUCCCAAAUCCGCUGCUUUGCUCACAUCUUGAACUUGGUUAUGAAAACUAUACUGAGGUCUCUACGCGCUAGUUCGCAUAAGGAAGCCUGUGAUCUCCUUGAUGAUGUUGCUAAGAGGAGCUGGAAGACGGUCAACGCUCCUACUUCGCCUAUUGCAAAGCUUCGACUACUUGUCCUUUGGAUUGCGCGAUCUCCUCAGCGGAUACAGAAGUGGGACAAUCGACCUGGCUGUACAAAAGCUAUCAACUACGAUGUUGAUACUCGGUGGAACUCUACCUUUGUUAUGAUUGUGAGAGCUGAAGAGUGUCGCCGUCAGCUCGAAGAUACAGUCAACGAUGAUCCAGAUAUCGAGGCCUUACGUCUGACACCUAACGACUGGAGACAGCUCUCGGAUAUCAAGAAGAUCCUGGCUCCCUUCAACGAAUAUACCGAGUACGUCUCUCGGGAUAGCCCAUCAAUUCAUAUGGCGGCGCGUAUGUUUGGAGAGCUCCGUUCUAUACUCCUCGCUAUCAAAGAACGACGAGGUGAGUGGCAAAAGAUCUCACCAGCAAUAACUGUUCCUAUUUCCGAUGGAAUUUCACUCCUGGAGAAGUACCACGACUGCGUCAAAGAAAACGACAUAUACUAUAUCGCAAGCGUUCUGGAUCCUCGAAUCAAGACCAAGUGGCUCAAAACGCUACCAGAUGGAGAGAAGAUCAUUGACCGAAUCCGGGGGUUCCUGAAGAAAGCAUAUUCCACUACAAAACAGCCUAUAUCGACUACUCCAAGCACCAAUUGGAAGAGCUUCGAAUAUCGAUUUCUGGAAGCCUUUCAGCCUACACAGUAUAAUGUCGCUGAGUCUGAUAUCGACAAGUAUUUCGAUACUCCGACAAUCUGCACUGGUUUCGAUGUAAGCCAGAGCCAGUCCGAGUUUAUACGAAACUGGUGGAAGGCAAACAUGUUUGAAUUUAGUUGUAUGGCAAAGGUAGCACAAGAUCACCUUGCUAUACCGGCAGCAGAGGUAGAUAUCGAGAGAUUGUUCAAUGGUGGGAGAGAUGUGCUGGGGAUUCGACGUUUCUCCAUGAAAGGUAAGACCCUUGGGACCUUAUUAAGGCUGAAAGAUGCUGCACGUUGGAAGUCUUCAUAG